CCCUCUCGGCUGGGUCAUUCGUUACCCCCCUGAGCAGGUUGGCUACUCCUGCUCGCUGCCGUUGCGCCUCAGUCAGCCAGCCCGAUCACCGCACCUUUCUAGAACCGUUCCGCCAAUCGUGCAUGCGACGUAGUCUGGCUCGUCGGCCUUCCGUCGGUAUCUCCCGCUAUCCAUCCGAGCUCUGGCCGUGUCGCGGCAGGAUCGAGGGACCUGAUAGUAACACAAUGUCUUGCCACUUCAGGAUUGCAGAGAAGUGGCUACUCGUCUCAAUUCUUACCUUUCUCUCUUCUCGCGGCGCUCACGCGUUCUACAACCAAGCCCCGAUCGAGCCCCAGCUGGGUACCGAGCGAGUCGUCUUUCAGACGGAGUUUGGGGACAUCGAGUUCGGAUUCUACCCGCAAGUGGCGCCUCGCACUGUAGCACACAUCUCUCGACUCGCGCAUCUUGGCUGCUAUGCCACCAACCACUUUUUCCGAGUGGACAAGGGCUUCGUGGCGCAGGUGGCGGACGUGGUGGGCGGGCGGCAGGUGCCCCUGAGCGCGCAGCAGCGGUGGGAGGCGGAGCAGACAGUCCCGGGGGAGUUCUCCGCGCUGCCCCACAGGCGGGGGACGCUCUCUAUGGCGCGGUACGACGACCCCAACAGCGGCACCUCCUCCUUCUCCAUGCUGCUCGGGGAUGCACCGCAUCUAGAUGGCAAGUAUGCGGUGUUUGGGCGGCUAACGGCAGGGGACGAGGUGCUGGCUCGGAUGGAGGCGCUACCAACAAGGACAGAGGGGAUCUUUGUCAUGCCUUUGAGUCGUAUAUCCAUUCUAGCAACCUAUGUGUAUGAUCUGCCUGGUGCUGUCCCUGACCCCAUCUGCCACGAGGACCGCGAGCUGCUGAGGAGGAAGCUAGUGCAGAUGGAUGACGAGCUGCAACGCACCAGAAUCAAGUGCUUGCCAUAAGUGACAUCUCGUCAUAUCAUGAGAAUUUCAGGAGCAGCACGAGUAGAGGAGCCUACCGUUCACUUUUGGAGCUGUGCUUGUGUGUUUCCCGGCCAGGCACGAGUCCCUCGUGCGAUUUUUUUCUAAGCUCCUGUUAUCAGUUAUUUAGGAGAUGGUGGGCAAUGAGCAUGUGUAUGCACGUCAGCAGCUUUGUUGCCUUCCUAGCUGGAGUUUGAUUCCUCUUCACAAAACCGGGCAUGCUCAUGCAUGAGGCUUGUUCUGGUUCUUCAAUCACUGGCUGGCGAAAUCUCAAGGUUAGAAGUGAACAGCCAUCAUUAUUGGACCUUGAGCCCUCA